AUGGUUAAUGAUGGUUCAUUCUUGGAUGCGCCAAUCCCAUCUUAUUCUUCUUAUGCUUGGAGGAGUAUUGCUCAGAGUCGGACUCUCUUGAUUCAAGGAAAUCGAUGGAGGGUGGGGAAUGGAACUAAGAUUAAUAUAUGGCAAGAUAAGUGGCUGCCUUUGGCCUUUAAUCAGAAAGUCAUUUCACCUCGGACUAUUCUUCCUGCAGAAGCUAGAGUUGCAGAUCUUAUUGACACGUCUUCCUUUCAGCCGAGAUGGAAAGGGACUUUGAUUGAUUCUGUUUUCUAUCCCUUUGAAGCUGACAUCAUUAAAUCUAUCCCCGUAAAUUUCAGACUGCCUCCUGACUCACUGAUUUGGACAAAAAAUAAGGCUGGAAACUUCACAGUUCGUAGUGCUUAUUUUCUUCAAAGGGAGAUGGAGAAUGCUUCCUAUGGCAACUUGGCAUCUUCUUCGCAUUCAGGUCGUAGGCAUUCUUUUUGGAAUAUCAUCCGGUCUUCCUUGAUUCCUCCGAAGAUCAAAUCCUUCAUUUGGAGAGCUUGUACUGACAGUCUUCCUCUUCGUACCAAGCUUUUUGAUAAACGUAUAUCCAGCUCUUACUCCUGUGUGCUUUGCUCAGAUGCAGCGGAAUCAUAUAGUCAUAUCCUCUGGGAAUGUUCCUUUGCUCAAGCCGUUUGGUUUCAAGCUCCUUUUAGGAACUCUUUUCACUUUUCCCUUGCACUCUCUGGAAUUUGA